UCUCAGACUUGUCGCUCACCUGUCGCAGAGGCUGACGCAGGUUCGGCCCACCUGUAUAAUUUGUCUAAUUGCUCUUUUCGGACAUUUCAGAGGAGGCGUUCAGAGGACAGAGCUGCUCCGCGCUCAGCCACUGUGUAAUUUUAUCCACGCUGCAGUCCCUCGCUUCACACAGGGCUGAUACCUUUGCCUCCCCCUUUCCUUUGUAUCAAUUGGUCGGAGUUCAGCCUAUUGUCGCCACAAGCCUCUUUUAUAUGUGCGCUCGGUCUGAGCUCAGGCUCUCAGUCAGUCAGACCCGCAGGAGGGAGUUGGAGCAGCAGCAGAGGCGAGGAGCGGAUCCCACCUCGGGGGAUCAGCGGCUGUGUAUCUGCGGUGUCUCUCUGGCUCGUGUGCUGCGCAGUUGCUUGGAGCUCUCCGGUGUUGUGGGGGGCCCCGACACUUUAAUGGGACCCCGAGAGCCGUGCGGGAGUUCUCUGUUUUUUCGCCGCAGUCGUCGCUCUCCGGCCAUGCCACAAUGCUGAUGAUAUCUCUGCUGGUGUUGCUGAGCCUGUUGGAUCCCGUCAGUUCCCGGGCCCGCUGCGCCCCUGGCCAGGCUUGCGACCCCCGGCAGCGGAGGGACGCCGGGGGUCGCGGAGGAGUCUACGAGCACCUCGGAGGAGCGCCGAGGAGAAGGAAGCUCUACUGCGCGACUAAAUAUCAUUUACAGAUCCAUCCUAACGGGAAAAUAGACGGUUCACUGGAGGAAAACAACCCGCUGAGCAUCAUGGAGAUCACAGCGGUGGAUGUGGGAGUUGUGGCCAUCAAAGGGCUUUUCUCUGACAGAUAUCUGGCCAUGAAUGAUAAAGGCCGGCUGUAUGCAUCGGAAGUGUUCAACAAAGAGUGUGAGUUUGUGGAGCGGAUCCACGAGCUGGGGUACAACACAUAUGCAUCCCGCCACCACUCCACUGAGCAGCCGCUGCCACCAGGGGGCGGCAGCAGCAGCAACAAGCGGCGGGCCAGCGCCAAGCGGCAGUGGUACGUUUCUAUCAACGGCAAAGGCCGGCCACGGCGAGGCUUCAAGACCAGAAGCACGGACAAAGCCUCGCUCUUCCUGCCUCGGGUGCUGGGCAACAAGGACCAUGAGAUGGUGAGGCGACUCAGAGACAGUCAGAGUGCACACCACCACACGCAUCGCCACGGCAGCCGCGGCGAACGCAGGAGACGCCGUCAUCGUGCCAGGAAAGGCCGAGGCCGACAGUCAGAUGACUGAGCAGACUGUUAGAGACUCAUCAGGACGUGGACCCAGGACCUGGACUCAUGGGGGACGUGGAGAAACAGUUUGGACUCUGCAUUCUGGAUCAGUGGAGGUUUUUGUUGUUUGAUGCACAAAGAAAAACGUCCGGAGAAGAAGAAGAAAAGACCUGAGGCCAAGUGUUGGGACACACAAAUCCUCCACUUUCAGGAGACUUCCACACACACACACACACACACACACACACACACACACACACACACACACACACACAAGCCGUAUAAUCUUCUAUUUACUGACGUGGGAAGCUUCCACCUUGUGUUGUAUAAAGUGACUCUAUGAGAUCAAACUAAUAUUUGAUAUGUGAAGUGCUGACGGACGUGACAACAGUGAAGAGAGGACUUCACACUGAAAAGCACUUUUUGUCAGAUUCACAUGAAGAAGCAGAGUGAGACUCACUGUGGCGCUCUGACACUGUGAUCGUCGACUGUCUGUAAACUAAAAGAAAAUAUUUAUUUGGUCCCUGACUUAUUGAUUUGGUGUUAAGUUAUUGAUAAGACUUGUUUCUUCAUUUUACCAGUGUUGCUAUUUGUGUCACAGUUUGUCCUCUCCUCACAUCUGAUUGUCUUAUUGAGCUUCACGUUAAAACACUGAAGAUGAUGUUUUGUCAUCACACACACCAACACGAGUCCUAAAUGAUACAGAUCACAGUUGUAUUUAUUUUCAAAAAGCCAACAGCAGCAUUUAAUAAACAUUUCCUCUCAUUUCUAAAAUCAUACGUCUGUGUUUCAGAGGUAAAUGAAGGUCGUGUUCCUGAGUUUCAUUCACGGCCUGAAACUCACAACAGGACAUUUUGUUUUUAACCUCAUGUGUUAAACAGUUCUUGUCCUUAAUCAUAUACAGAUGUUUUGUUUUUAACACAUCUGCUUCACAUGAUCAGACCAGAUUUAAAUUUCAUUUAAUACUUAUUGAAACUAACAGCUGUGACAGUGUCGGUAAACAGACAAACCUGAGGAUUGGGUCAUAUUUUCUCAGUACAGUUCACCACUAUAACACAUGUGGUGUAAUAAUGACAUGUGGGAAACUCUGCUCUGGACCCAGAGUCGCUGCUGUGCCACAUUCCUCCUCUGUAGAGCUGUAGUAGACAGGUGUGGCUGUUACACCAGGUUUAUUACAACUUGUGCAUUUAGUGCUGUAUCCCACCCCCCUCAGUGACGUUACCCCUCUCUCCCCUCUGCAGCUCAUUUGUUUAAGUGACCAUCUGUUGAAACUACAAAGAUGACGGUCAAUGUAAAAUUCAUCAGGAGCAGCGUUCACUCUGCUGGAGGUUCAGGUGUUGUCUUUGGACUGAACCUGUGCAAACUGCUGGUGCAAAUCUUACAUAUUUAUUAAGAUCCAAAAUCAUCUGAGACGGCAGUGAGCUCAAUAAAUGUAAAAUCAUCAUUUAUAGUGUAUGCUCAGCUGGGAGGUGGCUGUCCCAAACACUAACCUGUAAAUAUUAACUAAAGAAAUACUGCAAACUUUUCCAUUGUUGCAUUGUUGCACUUUCAUGUCACUAUGGCAACAGCGUAUAUUUUAGUCCAUUGGCUGACAUUUUUGAUCAGGAAGUCCCUCUCUCAGAAGCUAUAGUUAGAACUGUGCUAGCUAACUAUGUGCUGACUAGCAUCUUCACAGCUGGCUAACAGUUAUCUAAAACUGUUACUAUGGAAACAGUCACGACUGAAACGGUGGUGAGGUUUCAGUCGUGACAGCAUUGUUGCGGUAGCAGCACUUCACACCAGUUUAACACAGUUAAGAUAAAAGUAUUUUACUAUUAACUCCAUGUACGGCGACAUGGUUUGAACACCAGCUGAAGGACAACACUGACUUAAAGGUGCACUAUGAGAUUCUAGCAAAAGCUAAACAGCCAAUCAAAUUGCAUCGCUCAUGAAGCAGCGUUUUGAUUGGCUGGAAUACGAACACACAGAAUAGUCAGAGGUAAGGACUGUGAGGAGAUUGUUACUCAAUCUCAUAAAAAGCAUGACAACCUUUUUUUUGUUUGUAAACAAUGAUGACGUGUUUUGUGGGCGGAGCCAAACUGGUGGCAGGAAGUGACAGUUAGGUCAGGAGCAGGGAUCAACCAGACAUCUCCAGUUAUUUUAAUGGUUUUCAGCAGAAGUUAAAGAAGUGAAUCAACAAUGUCGACUCUAGAUCAUGGAGGUCUCCUCUGUCAGACGUCCUCAGUCCUCAGUGAUCACAUGUGGUUUUAGCUAAAGUAAAUGUUAUAACAGAUAUAAUAUCACUGUCCCAUUCACUCAUUAAACACUGAGGGAUGUUAGAGCUGAACUGUCUGAGCAGUUAGGUUUGUCUACAUGCUGCUUACAUGCUAAUGUUAAUGUUGGUCGGUUGUAUUUACCAUUAUGAAGAGCCCACUGAGAACACCAGCUCUGUGGUUGCUGCUGUUACUAAUUUAUUGUUAUUAACUACAUCAUUGAUUUUGUCUUUGAGUGUGAUAAACGGAUUUCAUCAGUCCAGUCUGUGUAAUGGCAGUUUAGCUUCAAAUGGCGUCUCCAACGACGGUAUUCUGAUGAAGAAGAUGAAGGUCUUCGCCUUUUUUCCACCACUUGUUUCUGCUGCAGUGAUGUAAUCAUGACGUUCCAGUGGGUCUAUUAGAUUACAGCUGUGGACUGCACCUUUAAGUCAGCAUGUUACAUUAAUGCAGCUGGUACAAACACAGGUAAAUAAAAAUAAUCAUUGCCUCUGUAAUUAUAAUAAUUAUUUAUAAUUAUUAAUAAUAAUUAUAGUAAUAAUGCUUAUUACUGUAGUAUCACUGAAGUGUCAGUAAUGUUCCUAUGGUUCAUAACAUGCAGCUCCAAAACGUUACUGUCAUGACUGAAACAUGGGAUGUGUUGACAAAAAUAAAGUGUAUUGAUUUCUCAGUGUUUGGUUCAGUGUACAGUAAAAUUAAACCUAAUGAAAUCAGUAUC